AUGAAUUGUCUUCGAAAACGUUUGUUUCUUUCGGACGAUUUAAAAUCAAUUUACGAUACACAGUUAUUCAAAAGUACACCUAUAACGAUUAUAUGGUUUGAUGAAAAUAUUGAUGAAGACUUAAACGAUCAAUUACAAAAUAUUCAUGAUCAUAUUUUCAUUACAACUGAUAGAUCAACAUUUCUAGAUUAUAUUCAAACUAUGGUUAAUGAAGCAAUCGUUGUUUUAUCUGGUGCAAUUUCUCAAACUAUAAUACCAAUCAUUCAUGAUAAUAAACAAAUCAAUUCGAUCUAUAUAUUUUGUAUCCAGGAUUCAAAAUAUAAAUAUUUAUGUGAUAUAUAUUCGAAAAUUGAUAGUAUUCAUACUGAAUAUAAUUUAUUAUUUGAAUCAUUGGAAAAAAAUAUAGAAUUAAUAAUGAAACAACAAAUAUCAUUAAAUCUAUUCGAUCAAUCAGGACAAUCGACGCAGGAUUUAACACGUGAAUCAUCAGAAUUUUUAUGGUAUCAAUUAUUACGUGAAUAUAUAAUGAAAAUGAUUCAAACGAACGACACUAAAAAAAUUAUGCUGGAAAAAUUUCGUCUAUAUUAUAGAACAAAUAAACCUUAUCUAUCUAAAAUAGAUGAAUUUGAACAAACAUAUACUACGAAUGAUGCAAUAAAAUGGUAUACAAAAGGUACAUUUCUCUUUAAAAUCGUUAAUCAAGCAUUAAGAACACAAGAUAUUGAAGCACUAUUAGCCGUUCGUUAUUAUGUUGUUGAUCUUUGUAAAUGCUUAAAAGAAGAAUGUGAAAAUUUUCGUGAUUAUUAUGAAGAUGUUAUUCAAGUUUAUCGUGGACAAACAUUAUCAGAUUUAGAACUUGAUCGAUUAAAAAAUAGUAUUGGUCAAUUAAUAUCCACUAAUGGAUUUUUAUCUACAACUAGAUCCUUAGACAUUGCGUCAUUAUUUGCAACAAAUACAAUAUUUAUAAUUAAUGUCAAAACACAAUUAGAAGGUGUUGUGUUUGCUGAUGUUCGAUUUCACAGUGAAACACCUCACGAAGAAGAGAUUCUAUUCGAUUUAGGUACAAUAUUCAAGAUUUUAGAAGUAGAAUAUGAUGAUAGUAAGAAAUUAUACUAA